GUUUUUCGCUGAGUGGACCUACUGGUUAUACUGUGCUUGCACCAUGGGCUGUAUGGUCCCUGGUAGAGGCGAUAGCCAUUGUAAAAGAAGAAGAAAAAGAACAUAUUCAAUUUCCUAAACUAUCGCCACGUUAUCAUUCAAGCUGAAAGCUCAGUGGACUGUGAAUUUUUAUUAUUAAUAAUUAUAUUUUGUGACAUGAAAUAUACUGAUAUUCGAUUUUAUUUUCUGGUUCAGAGAAUCUUAACUUUUUUGUUAGAGGAAGGCACUUGUCAGAUGAAAGGAGCUAUCUGGAAAUUUCCUGAGAUAAAGGAGUACACUAAUAAUAUUCUGCAACUCGAUAAGUUAGCCAAUAUUGACACAACUCCAUAUGGCACUGAUCUUAAAACUAUUGCUUAUCACCCUAUGGAUAGCAAGAAGGCUGUGUCAAUAGUAGAUAAUAACUUUGUUUUGUGGGAUUUGACUGAAGAACACAGGUUAUGGCAUCGGGUACUUUAGCAGGCAAGGGUCAGCCACGAUUUACAAAUGGUAAAUGGAAUUCUCAUAACGGUGCUAAUCAGUUUAUAAUCUUGAAUGAUAACAACGUUCGUGGAUGGGACUUUAAAAGUCCAGCCAAUGCUGCUUGGUCCAUUUUAUCUGCACAUUCGCAAAUCAUCAGAGAUUUAGACUUCAAUGCAAAUCAUCAAUACUUUCUGUCUACCUGCAGCGACGACGGAUACAUGAAUUAGUUCUGGGAUAUCCAACUACCGACGGAACUGGUGCUGUCGCGUAUGGAACACUCGCACUGGGUGUGGAACAUAAGGAUUAACCGUUUCCACGAUCAGCUCGUUUUAACAUCUAGCAGUGACUCCAGAGUUAUAUUGUGCAGUAUCGCGUCCAUAUUGUCCCAACCAUUCGGACAUAUGGUGUCGGAUGAACCUUCGCAGGACGAAGAAUCUUGUGAGAAAAAGAAAUAAGAAGACAGUCUGGUAGGAAGAUACAAGGAGCAUGAAGACAGUGUGUAUGCAGUAGAGUGGUCGUCUGCCGAUCUCUGGACAUUCGCGUCUCUCAGUUACGACGGUAGAUUAGUUCUCAAUAAAGUACCACGUAAAUAUAAAUAUCAAAUACUUCUGUGAAUUUGCAAUUUUUGACGGGAGAUAAAAGAGAAAAAGUAAUA